AUGCGGCGAUCAUCUCUUCUCGUCGUCUUGACAAUUACAGGAUUGGUAGGAUGUUGGGCAACUUCAACUGAAACCCUAUGCAAAUUUCCUGGUGCACCAGCACACUCAACUGUAUCGUUUUCCAAUGAUACGUUAACCACUGGUGCAAUAGCUACGUAUACUUGCGAAAGAGGAUUUGAACUUCUAGGACCAGCAAGAAGAGUAUGCGAAUCUACUGGCGAAUGGCUACCAGAAGGAAUACCGUUUUGCGUGUUAAAUGUUGCUGCGGGCAAAGCGCCUAUGCAAAUCAGCUCAGAACCCGGCGGCCUACCUCAAAAAGCCAUCGAUGGUAGCACCAGUUCAUUUUUCAGCCCCGAAACAUGCACACUCACUAAACCGGAACGUACCCCAUGGUGGUAUGUUAAUUUGUUGGAACCAUACAUGGUACAGUUGGUGAGACUGGAUUUCGGUAAAGCCUGUUGUGGCAAAAACAAACCUGCUACGAUAGUCGUGCGAGUGGGAAACAACAGGCCCGACCUGGGCACGAAUCCUAUAUGCAACCGAUUCACUGGGUUUAUUGACGAAGGAAAACCGUUGUUCCUUCCGUGCAAUCCACCUAUGCCAGGAGCGUUCGUUAGUGUCCACAUGGAAACCGCUAGUGGAUCCACUCAGUUAUCAAUAUGUGAAGCUUUUGUCUAUACAGAUCAAGCGUUGCCAAUUGAAAGAUGUCCACAAUUUAGAGAUCAACCACCAGGAAGUACUGCUACAUAUAACGGAAAGUGUUAUAUAUUUUAUAACCGUCAGCCAAUGAAUUUAAGAGACUCGUUAGGGUUUUGCAGAUCAAGAGGUGGAACAUUGGUAGAUGAAAGUAACCCUGCGUUACAGGGAUUCGUCAGCUGGGAACUGUGGAGGAGACACAGGAGUGAUUCACAAAGUCAAUAUUGGAUGGGUGCUGUAAGAGACGCUCACAACAAAAAUAAUUGGAAAUGGUUGAAUGGUGAUGAUCAAACAGUAUCUUUCUGGAGUUUACCGUCAAGUGGUUCUGAAACGACAUCUAUAAAUGGAGGCGAUUGCGCACGAUUUGAUGGUUCCAAAGGCUGGUUAUGGUCGGAUACUAAUUGCAAUGCUCCGCUAAAUUUCAUUUGUCAACACCAACCAACUGCUUGUGGCAGGCCAGAACAGCCUCCAAAUUCAACAAUGACAGCUGAAAACUUCAAUGUGGGCACUGCGGUCGAGUAUUCUUGCGAUGAGGGCCACCUGUUGAUCGGGCCGUCUACUCGCACGUGUCUCGGAACAGGGUUUUAUAAUGAAUUUCCACCAGUGUGUAAACGAAUUCAGUGUGGUUUUCCUGCUGACAUUUCAAACGGUAGCUAUAAGCUAAUAAAUGGUACCGUCAACUACUUAAGCCAAGUACAAUAUAGUUGCAAUGAGGGACAUAAAAUUAUCGGCAGGGAUAGAUUAAUUUGUGAUUUAGACGAAAGAUGGGAUGGGCCACCUCCAAAGUGUACAGUCCAAAAAUGUGAUGAUCCUCCGGUAAUUCCUAAUGGUGAAUACCAGAUGUCAAACAAUGAAAGCAUUGUUGGUACAUUAGUGGAGUACACGUGUGUGUCUAGACGAUUCCGUUUGGUCGGACCUAAACAAUUAGUAUGCUUACCAAGUGGUCAGUACGAUAAUAAGCCACCUUAUUGUAAAGAAGAAAUCAAAACACCGAUCGUACCGGCAGUGUUAGUGACCAAGACUGUAUCGACUAGUACUGUUCCUAGCAGCCGUGCGCCACCGACUCCUAAUCGUGAAAAACCACGGCCGUUCACAACCAAGCCAACUAUAUUAACGAAACCAGCUACUGAUCAGGACGAUAGCGGCCAAACGUCAUCCAAUGUGGUAAUCGCCUCGGCGCAUCCGCAUGACAACGAGAUUCCGGAUAGCGUUCACGUCCGAACAAACCCGAAUGCGGCCAACAUACCGUCUCAGGUGGAAAGCGAACACCGGCUCGGUCCCAAAUUGAAUUUGGGAGCAAUAAUCGCGUUGGGUGUGUUCGGAGCAUUUGUAUUCUUGGCAGCAGUUGUGACCACAAUCGUCAUACUUGUGAAAAGGAAUCGCAGUGCCAAACAUUUCCGGCACCGGGCGUCGCCAGACACCAACACCGUCGCCUCGCUGGACUCGUCAGGUUCCGAGAGCCGGGGAGGCCUGAACCGGUACUACAGGCAGGCGUGGGAGAACCUGCACCAGUCAGCCGCGUCUCCUAAACACUCGCGGCCGCACCAUCACCACCAUCACCACCACGCGGGCGGGAGGCGUAAGGAUACCGUGGCCGACGGGUCACCGCGCGUCGAGAGCAUGCGUGACGGGUCCGAGCUGGUCGUCAACGACGUGUACCACCCGCGGUCGACGGCGGCGCCGAUGGACCACAACAAGAAAUCGUCCAGGCAUCACCACCACCAUCACCAUCACCAGAGCAGGGCGGCCAACCGAUAUUGA